AUGCCUGCGGCCUGGCUGCUGGGCCUGGGCUUGCAACAGCCCAGCCCCAAGCACGCCGGCUAUGUGGCCGCCCCGGGAGGCAGCCCCACGCACCGGCGGCGAGGCCUGUCUCGCUUCCGCCUCUUCGUGGCCAUCUCGGGAGCCCUGGUGCUGGCCUUCCUGGCCAACAACUACGCAGCCCUGAUGCCCAUGGACAGGGCGCUUUACGAGUGGUCGCUCAAGGGCUGCCCCACCAAAAUCCUAGACCUCACUACCACGAUGCAGGCAUCCUACCAGGCGGCGGUGGCGGCAGGGCUGGACCCCGAGCUGGGGAACCCCACCCUCCGCAAGCCCAAGACCGCCAUCCUCAACUUUGUGCGGUACCACACAGAGGUGGUGGCUGUGGCUGUCUUCCACUUUGUCAAGCUGCGCCACAAUGUGACGGUGUUCACGCGGGACGACCCCUUUGACAUGGGCGAUGUGAUCAAUCCUUACUUCUGGAAGGGUUUCAGGAAGUUUGAGCGCUUCUUCGAGCACUUCCACGAGUACGACAACGUCGUGGUGGCCACCUUCCCCACCUGCCAUGACCCCACAUUCCGGGAGCUGCUGUCGCUGGGCCUGCCGCAGCGCUACAUCGUGCUGGUGCACAACCCCGAGUACCUCAACAGCACAGAGGUGGUGGGGCUGCUCAAGCAGGGAGAUGUGCGGGUGCUGACCAUCUCGCCGCACGUGGGGGCGUACGCGCGGGAGAUCCUCGAUGCGCAGGGAGCGGGAGAGGUGGAGCAGGACUGGAUUGCGCCCAUGAUGCCGGUGGUGUAUCCAGAGGAGUGCGAGCCCGGCGGGUGGCAGGAAGUGCAGCCAGCGUGCGACCGGGGCCAGCGAUGGGUCAAGGAGGAGCCGCCGGCGGUGGUGGGCACCGGCAGGCGGCAGAGCUUCUGCAUCCAGGGCAAGGUGGACCCCGCCCGCCGCAACUACGCCACCAUCUUUUCGGAGAUGCUGGCCCACAAGGAGGCGCUGCUGGCGGCCAACCUUUCGGUCACCAUCCUGGGCAAGGGCGGCGGGCGCAAGAACAAGGUGCUGCUGCAGCUGCCCGAGGAGCUGGUGGACGCGGGGCUGCUUCGCCACUACGCCUCACUGCCCUUCCAGGAGUAUUACGAGGUGCUGCACUCGUGCAUCGCGGUGGCCCCCGCCUUUGCCAACGACGCCUACUACGUCAACAAGGGCUCCUCCUCCAUCGGCGCCUCCCUCAUCUCCGGCACCCCGCUCAUCGCCCACCGCUACAUGCUCAAGUCCUACAACUUCCUGGAGGAGUCUGCCGUGUUCCUGGCUGACGAGCCCAUGUCUGAUGUGGAGGCGAUGCUGUGGGUGCUGGGGCUGGACCUAGACCUGCGGGAGGCCAAGGUGGUGGGGCUGGGCGCGCUGCGGGCGGAGAUGUACGACAGGAACCUGCAGGUCCUGCAGCGCAUGCUGGGGGAGCGGUACAUGUACAAGCACCGGGUGGCCACGGGGGCGGAGAAGGGGCAGUACAAGCCGCUGUACAUCGACAUGACCACGCCCACCAAGUUCCAGGGCCAGCCCAAGAAUGCCACGCUGCCGAGGUCAGGCUCCUCAACACCGGCGGCGGCAAGGGAUGCACCACAGGAAAGCAGCAUUGCCGGCGGCGGAGGCAGCGGCAGCGGCAAGGCUGGGCGCCAGGCCAAGGUGGAAGCGGCGGCGCAGGCGGGCAGCGGCUGGGAGCAGGCGCGGCGGCGGCGGCUGCAGCAGCGGCGGUAGUGCCCAGCACCGUAGUACUACAUGCUGGGCACCCUCAGUACAGCGGAUCGACCGCACUUGCUUUACACUAAUAAGCCUUGCAGCCCAGAGAGUACUGUUGUUGAGCGCCCACAGCCCGUCGCGUCUCCUUUCUCACCCCCCCGCGUGGCGCACCAUAGUGUGCCUACCCCUCAUUAGACCCCUCAAAAUUUGAUGACGAUGCUCCUCCCUCGAUUGCUGCUUCUGUACCCUCCUUUCUUCUCCGGUUUCUUCCUGCUAGUAUGUCUGUCCCCCUGCGCAUGUUGCACUCUCAACUUC